CAGACACAGCGCAGGUUAGUAGCUGAACGGUGUACUGGGAGGAGUGCCUGCCAAGAUAAAAUAAUUUUCUCCGACGACUUGCUCUGAAAACACGGAGAAACAACAAACGAGUGAAACAAAGCGUAUAUUAAAGCCCGGGAAAUAUACCCGUUUUGACGCUGUUUCAGGAGCGCCUCUCACAUUGUUUUGAAGGCCUGUUGCUAGCUGCGGGGGAUCCUCGGGCUAGCCCUGUAGACACCGGGCCGAGAGAGCGCAAGAGACCGGGACAGGAGCUCCGCGGGAUAACGACCAGGUUUGACUGACCCUGCCAGUCUUAUCUUAUAACACAAAGAAGACGUAACCUCUCCUGCUCCGGGUGUCGGAUAUAUACAGCGAAACUCCAGGCGCUCUCAGUUUGACAGCUAGCUAACAUUAGCUCUGCUCUGUUUACAAGCUAGCCCAGCCCAGACAGUCUGGAGAAGUUGGCUCUUAGGUGUAUUUGUUUCUGUUAGGAUUUGCGUACUUGGGUCCUUCCGCCUUCAUGCUAGCUGGUGGUGAUUUGUAACCUUGUUGUACUUCUAUGUACGCGGACUGAAGGUCGCCAGCCAGGCAGCUUGAUCAAAAGGUCUCCUAGUUAAGGUUAUCACAUCUUAUCUACUGCUGCCCAAAGUUUGUUAGUCGUUCGAAGAGAAGGAAUAGUCCUACUGAGCUGAUCAUCCACGCUAUCUCUGACCAGUUGAAAGACAGUAUCCCGGAUGAAGGCUCACAGAGAAGUGUGGAUUUUGAUGCUGUCAGGACCUACAGGUGUCACCUGUUCUUCUUGGCAUUAUUAAUCUCACACCGACAUCUGCUCCACCAGAAGCCACUGAUCUGCUGCUCCGCUCCCUUGGGCAGAUUUGCUCAAGAAGGAUCCUCAUCAAAAGAGACCACAAUGAAUCGUUACCUGCCGGUGGCCCGACAGCACUUCCUGGCUGCCCUUGCCAGCACCAGUGUGGUGGUGAAGAGUAUAAGUGCUGUGGUGGUUCUCCUCUACCUACUGUCAUGGGCUGUGGACACUCCAUACGCACUGGGGGUGACACCAGGUUACCUCUUUCCACCCAACUUCUGGGUGUGGACACUGUUGACCCAUGGGGUGGUGGAGCAGCACAUCUGGGGUGUGGCAGUGAAUGUGGGGACAGUGAUGACCUGUGGGCGCCUGCUGGAGCCUCUCUGGGGCGCUCUGGAGCUCCUGAUCUUUUUCGCAGUGGUUAACGUCUCUGCAGGCCUCCUGGCCGGCCUCGCCUACCUCCUCACAUAUGUUGCCACCUUUGACCUCACUUACCUGUUUGCUGUGCGGGCCUACGGAGCAGCCGGGUUCCUGGGAGGAGUGCUGGUGGCGCUGAAGCAGACCAUGGGAGACACUACAGUGCUCAGAGUGCCACAGGUGAGACUCAAAGCAGCACCGGCCCUGGUCCUCCUCUUCCUCUCCUUGCUGCGCCUGUCGGGGCUGCUGGAGAGCUCCGCCCAACUGGCUGCGUACAGCUUCGGCGCCCUGUCCGGUUGGGUGUACCUGCGCUUCUACCAGAGGCACAGCCGGGGCCGCGGGGACAUGUCGGACCACUUCGCCUUCGCUAGCUUCUUCCCGGAGGCGCUGCAGCCGGCCGUGGGGCUGCUGGCGGGGCUGGUGCACGCCGCCCUGGUGAAGCUGAAGGUGUGCAGGAAGAUGGUGAAGAGAUAUGACGUGGGGGCGCCCUCCUCCAUCACCAUCAGCCUGCCAGGGACAGACCCCCAGGAUGCAGAGAGGAGGAGACAGCUGGCUCUGAAGGCUCUGAACGAGCGUCUGAAGCGCGUGGACGACCAGUCGGCCUGGCCCAGCAUGGACGACGAAGACGACGAGGAGGACGACGAGAUCAGGACGGACACGCAGCCGCUCCUCCCCUCCUCCUCAGGGGGACCUGCCGGCGCCUCUCUCUCCUCCACCUCCUCAUCCUCAAUGUCACAGAGCAGCGGGGGGGCGUCCACGGGCGGAGCGCAGCACCCCGAGUCCAGCAUCAUUAGCUUCGAGGACGCCCCUUCUAGAUCGUAACAAAUUGAACACGCUGCGUAGAGAAACCCUCGCUCUUUGACUCCAAUGACAGUGAGAGAACACACACACACACACACACACGCACACACACACACACACACACACACGACCAGCUCAUACACACGGCCGUGCGCUCACAAACACACUGUUGGUAACUGUAUAGUGCUUUCAGUUCAGACAUGUUGUAAAUCUCAGUGUAGUUGGGCAAACUGGACCCUCAAAUUCUUCUCCUUCUUCCUGCAAAGACGAGCAGAAAUGCUGUCUUUUGUGGAGUUAAGCUCAACUCUCGGUCCUCUGCUUCAUGUCUCUUUCUCUUGCUUUCUAAAUAAAUAACAAAAUGGGUGUACAACAUUCUUUUUAUAGUUCUUUUUCGGAGCAGCCGUAGUUGUUCUCUGAUUGCCUGAGAAAUGCGUCAGUGACAAACACUGAAUUCUUGUCAGACGGUUGACCCUAAGGAGCGCUCACUGGGCCUUGAAGCGUACCCAGGUGUGUAACGGAGGAAGUAUGAAAAGCACGUACUCUGAGAUGUGCUGCCCGGAGGACAGAAGCUGCUGCAGGUCUGUCCUGCUGAAAAACUAUGAUACAAAACUUCAAGAUUUUGAAGAGGUGCCAGAUGAGAGGAAUCCAGACCAGGUUCAAUUGCUUCCUGGUGUGUCUCUGAAACAACAGGCCGACAAAUGCAAAGCCUCCCCAAACCUUUUUUGAUCCCGUUUGUUGUUCAGUGGAGAAAAAUUCUGAUAUAUUUUUUUUUUUCAAAAUCAAAAAACACCUUUUGUUCCUGUAAACAAACAAGAUACGUGAAUGGCGUUACCCCUACACACAGAUCUGUUGUGUGGAGGUUUUACGAGUUAUACGUUUUAGGUUCAUUUCAAACAUCCUCUUGUUCUGUUUUACACUUCCACCGUCUACGAUCUGAAAUGACACAAGAAUCGUCAAUAGCUAUUUAACUAUCUGAGUGCAUGUGAUACAGAGGGGUCUGUCGAGAUUGUGUGCGUCAUUUGCAGAGACGGGCAGGAGAAGGGUAGAGAUGAGGCGUGAUGGUCAUGCAGGUAUUUACAGAGUAGCAGAUGUAGAGUUUGUAUCUGUGCUGUCACUUGUUGUGUCUCGAGGAUAAACGACUGCGCAGACAUUAAACAGUAAUCAGCCAUUUCCCAACAACGUCCUUUGCAUUUAUAACAUCCUGUCAUUUCUAAACCUUGAUGCCAAACAGAGCUGGUGGUGAAUUAUUUUCUAGGGAGGUUGACUGGCAGCUAAAUUGUCCCAUUUAAAACGCAUCAUAGAUUCUAUGCAGAUCAAAAAGGUCAGAUGAUUUAUUCAUUUUGUUGACGGUCAUCGCUGUAGAUGUCGCCGCAGAUUAUACUAACGUUCAAGCCAUUAAAUUCCCAAUUUCCCUCCUGUCCUCGUCGAUUAAAGUCGGAAGCAGCCAAUACAUUAUUUCAGCUGUGCGAUCACGGUGAUGACAAAUCUUAUAAGUUGUGAUGUUCAAAGUCUUCCUGGGACAAAAGUGGAUUAUUGACAGUCUGACUAAGGUCAUUUGUCUUUUACUUCACAAAGCAUCCUGGAAACUAAAACGGUUUGAUUUCAAGUACCAUCAUCACCUCAGUAAGUCAUCAGAAGCAUUCCAAAUUACUAACAUUAAAUCUGGAGAAAAACAAUUUUAAUUUAAAGUUUAAUACAUUUUCAAUCAAGAGGAGUUUUGUUUUUUAUUUCUAAAAAUCUAAUACGUGUUAUUUAUUGCAGCGGCCUUACUGAUCGUUUUAUUUGUCACUAAUUGAGUUGGCAUUCAUUUAAACAAAUAAUAAUGAACAGAAGACAGGUUUUUUUCUGCCAUGUGUUGCCCUCUAUUAUAAAUGUCCGACCCCUGUUCACCCGGAUAUAUUGGCCUUUGAUCUGUAAUGUGAUUUUGGGAUGGUUAUUUGUUGAUAUCUGAUUAUCGAGCAAAUGGUGUUUGUAGUGGUAGAGGAUAUAUUGGUAUGUGCGGGGAAAUGGCGGAAAAGUCUGAUUCCUUGACUUGAUCAUUUUGUAGUUUGGAGUAAUAGCAUCACAAGAUUAGUUCUUGACACAUAGUGCCCUCUGACUCAAUGUGUUGACGCUACAAUGCUACCAGUUAAGGAACACAUGCUCCUGGGAAAUGGUUGACUUUCUUGACAACAAACAGUCACGUUCAAACUUUCAACAGCUUCCAUUUUGUCCCCUUUAGAUUUCCAACCCGUGCUUCAGUUUGAAUCUGACAGUGCGCUCCAGAUGAACAAUGUGAAAUACGGCAAAUUCAGAUGAAACAUACGGUUUGAACUCUUAGUUUAGCAUUGAGAAACGGUUGCUUUUCCCCCGUAUGGAAAGGUGUAAUGUAUGGGAAGUGAUAAGCCAUAAUCGAGUGAUGUGAUUCUGUGUGUUCUGUGUUUCUCCUUCUGCUCAAGUCACUCUGCUCUUAUUUUGGCAACAAGAUGUUUACGUUGGUGUCUACGCUUUAAUUAAAUAUGAAUGAGGUAUUGAUAUAACUGAAUGGACAGAAAUGAAAGACGGCUUCAGGUUGUAGAAGGCAGAGCUCAAAUGUCUGUAGCAAAGUAGCAAGGGUGGAAAAGUGUCAAAACUAAUUACAGAUUUGAACCGCGCAAUGACAGUUUUAUGGUGUCAUCUCACCUUUUUUUAAUUGCGAGUUACUCGGUUUGGCUUAGCUGCUAGGCUUGCAUCAUACCUUAGAGUCAGCAAUGCAGUGAAACACGUUCUUACAUGGAUGCCAACGAUGCAGUUGUGUAAUCCGGUGAAGUUGUGUAAUCCGGUGAAGUUGUGUAAAUGAAGCGUGUUGGAAUGCUCUAGUUGGCAGUCAGAGGUUUCAUUCAGCCUGGCCACACCUCCAUACCUGAUCCCUUUUUUCUUUCUUCCUGUAUUUACAUUUGUUCUGGCUGUAAACAUCCUCAAUGAGAAGAAAAGAGACAGACUGUCAGUUUGAAUAAUGCCAAUUUACCGUCGCUCUUGAAAAGUAGAAGAGCUACAGGCGAGGAUAAUGAGUGUGUUGUCGUUUUAGGUUAUAAUCAAGCACUUUUAUUGCUGGAAUUCAAUGUGGUUAAAGACACGGUUUAUAAGUGUUUGUCCUGUACACUAGUAUCUUGUCAUUAUUAAAGACACACCGCAGACAGGAAGCCAAUUUGAAACCCUUAAUGAGUGCUUUGGCAGCUUUACCCAGACAAUUCGAUUCUCCCUGGAUGGUAUCCUGUCAAAGUGGCCAAUUAAAGUCCAGUUUCUCUUAUCAUUUUUUGUGUAAACUGGAAAAGAAAUUGUUUUAAUGACACCGCCGGGGAGAAAACAGCUCAUGGACAAUUUACAUUUCAAAGUUGCUAAUUUGCUUAUUUUUGAAAGGCUGGCAACAAAUAUCCUAUUAAAUCUAAUUGUUUGGAGACUUUGGGGAAACAUCUUGUAAAUGAAAGCUGUCCUCCUGCCCUGAAAUGAAUGACAUCAUAUGAGACUGCUCUGUGUGUGUGUGUCCUGUUGGGAAGGGGGGGUUCAUUCACAGCAAUGUUUUACUUUUAUCAAAUAGUUUUCACUACUUCCUUUUCUGUCCCUACUUUUGCACCAACAGAUCGUGUUCAUACUAAUGACAGGCGUUCUCUCUAUCUAUCUCUGUUGCACAGACUUUUCUGUUUUGGUUUUCAGAUAUUUGACUUUAUCUCUAUAUGAAAUAAAAGACGAUUGUAUGAAAUAAAAAUAUGUUUUUCA